CACAUCUCUCACUCAACAUAUCUUCUUAACCAACAACUCACCCCCUUCGAUGGUACCUUCCAAAACCGCACACUCGACCAACCAAAACUUACGCAUAAUCCUGUCGCCAAGAACUGGUGGUGUGCGGUCUACUCCCUUUCCCCUAUCCCCCAUCCCGAGCCGAGCUGCAAUACAGACUCGGCGCCCGACCCCAGCUGGCGAUCCAUCGUCGACUUCAUUCACCAUGUCGGAUUUCCCGGGCGUCUAUGCACCAACAGCAACAGCAGAAAUGAUUCUGCUGCCCACAGAAGCAGCAGCAUCAGAUUAUGCUGUCGGCGUUUUGAGCAGUCGGGCAGCUCUUUACCUGGCCUUGGGCAACACCGAGUUGCCCAAUCCCGGAGCUGGGGGGGCCUGGGCUGAGCACCAGAUAGGGAGGAGGAGCGACGGAUGGGGUCGGCCCAAGAAGCAUGCGAAGCGCCGCAUGAGGCCGGCAGCCAACCACGAGGAAGACGGGAUGGGGCCGAUGCAUAAGGAGGUGAAGGAGCACCCUAUGGGGUUGGCUCAAGUUGAAGGAAGAGAGGCCAGAUUGGGCUGGUCGCCGGCGCACAAGGAGGCUGCCCCGGCACGAGUCUUCAUUAUCAUAACCUCCGAUUCGACGAGGGCGGUGCUAAUCGCCAUUACCGAGAGAGCGCCCUUCUCUCCCUUUCGGAUAAUGAAGAACUCAACUCGUCUAGGGCAGAGCUUUCCGACAAUGAAGAACUCAACUCGUCCAGAGUGGAACUAUCGGCAAAUGCCGACCCCAUCACAGGAAACCGAUUCUGGAAUCAGCUCGGGAUUCAGCACUCUUCCAUUGGAUGACGUGGAUAACCUCCCACGUACAUCCAAGAAGACGAUUCAUCCCGACCAGAAUGAUGUGGAUAUGGAGGAUACCGGGCAGAUGGAGGGCUCGCAACGGUUGGAAGAUUCAACGGAUUCUCAAAUCGCGAAGGAUUCCCAGGCCUCGAAGGAUUCUUAAGUCUCGACGAAUUCGCAGAAAAGCGAUAACACCGCAGAUGGCGAUUCAUCGGGCGAAUACACGCAACCUAGGACUAAAACCUCCGAGGAAACGGAGGGUUUGCAGGAGGCGGAGAGUAUCAUGGAGACAGGGGGAUCAAAGGAUAGAAGCGGAGGUUUGAAGGCCGGUGAUGAAGAGAGCCCAUGGGGCUAGCGUGCAAGGAGGAGGGGGAGGAGGAUGAGGGCCGCCCUAUGGGGCCGGUGCGCAAGGAAGAGGGAGAAGCCCGAUGGUGCCGGUGCGCAAGGAGGAGGAG